CGCCCCUCCGCGUUGCCCGCCCGAGCCCCGCUUUCCCCCGCCUCCCGCCGCCCAGCGCGGGUCGCCGCCGCGCCCUGCCAUGAGCGCCCCGCCGCACUGAGCAGCACGCGCGGAGCCAUGCCGGGCUGGAAGAAGAACAUCCCCAUCUGCCUGCAAGCCGAGCAGGAGCGAGAUGAGAGUCCUUACACAAAGUCUGCAAACCAGGCAAGGACACCUGAUGGAGCACUGUCUGUGAGGAGACAGAGUAUUCCAGAGGAAUUCAAGGGCUCGACGAUAGUUGAAUUAAUGAAAAAAGAAGGCACUACCCUAGGGCUUACAGUAUCGGGUGGAAUCGACAAGGAUGGGAAACCGAGAGUAUCUAACCUUCGUCAAGGAGGAAUCGCUGCUAGGAGUGACCAGCUGGAUGUAGGUGACUACAUCAAAUCUGUGAAUGGCAUCAACCUGACCAAAUUUCGCCAUGAUGAGAUCAUCAGUCUGCUAAAGAAUGUUGGCGAGAGGGUUGUUUUAGAAGUGGAAUAUGAGCUCCCUCCAGUCUCUGUACAAGGAACAGGUGUCAUCUUCAGAACUGUGGAAGUUACCUUACAUAAAGAGGGGAACACUUUUGGGUUUGUGAUAAGAGGUGGAGCACACGAUGACAGAAAUAAAUCUCGUCCUGUUGUAAUAACAUGUGUUAGACCCGGAGGGCCUGCUGACAGAGAGGGCACAAUCAAACCUGGGGACAGAUUGCUGAGUGUUGAUGGGAUCCGACUACUUGGAACAACACACGCUGAAGCUAUGAGUAUUCUCAAACAGUGUGGACAAGAGGCGACUCUGCUGGUCGAAUACGAUGUCUCAGUAAUGGAUUCAGUUUCAACAGCAUCUGGACCUCUGCUUGUGGAAGUUGCCAAAACUCCUGGUGCUGCUCUUGGGGUUGCACUGUCCACUUCGAUGUGCUGCAACAAACAGGUCAUUGUCAUAGACAAAAUCAAAUCUGCAAGUAUUGCAGACAGAUGUGGUGCAUUACAUGUAGGAGACCAUAUUCUGUCCAUUGAUGGCACCAGCAUGGAGUACUGUACACUGGCAGAAGCAACGCAGUUUCUUGCUAAUGCAGCAGAUAAUGUGAAACUUGAGAUCCUUCCUCACCACCAGACACGGCUAGCACUGAAAGGCCCAGAGCACGCAGCUUUGGUGUCUUCAUCCUUCUCUCCUACCUCCAUGAGUGCAUACAGCCUGAGUUCCCUGAACAUGGGGACCUUACCUCGCAGCCUCUACUCCACCAGCCCGCGUGGGACAAUGAUGAGGCGGAGGAUGAAAAAGAAGGACUUCAAAAGCUCCUUGUCUUUAGCCUCUAGCACUGUUGGUUUGGCUGGGCAGGUCGUCCACACAGAAACCACAGAAGUAGUGCUGACAGCUGACCCCAUAGUAGGGUUUGGGAUACAGCUCCAGGGUAGCGUGUUUGCUACUGAGACCUUGUCUUCUCCACCUCUCAUUUCCUAUAUCGAGUCUGACAGUCCAGCAGAAAGAUGUGGAGUCCUGCAAAUUGGAGACAGAAUAGUGGCAAUAAACGGUAUCCCAACAGAAGACAGCACUUUUGAUGAGGCCAAUCAACUGCUCAGAGACUCCUCCAUCACCAACAAGGUCACUUUGGAAAUAGAAUUUGAUGUUGCAGAAUCAGUUAUACCAAGCAGCGGAACAUUUCACGUAAAGCUACCAAAGAAGCAUAAUGUGGAACUUGGCAUCACCAUCAGUUCUCCAUCCAGUAGAAAACCAGGGGACCCUCUAGUUAUUUCUGAUAUCAAGAAAGGAAGUGUUGCUCACAGAACUGGGACACUAGAACUGGGUGAUAAGUUGCUUGCAAUAGAUAACAUCCGACUUGACAAUUGCUCAAUGGAAGAUGCUGUUCAGAUCCUUCAGCACUGUGAGGACCUUGUAAAGUUAAAGAUCCGCAAAGAUGAAGAUAAUUCUGAUGAACAGGAGAGCUCUGGAGCAAUUAUUUAUACUGUUGAGCUCAAGCGCUAUGGUGGACCUCUUGGAAUUACAAUCUCUGGUACAGAAGAGCCUUUUGAUCCCAUAAUCAUUUCCAGCCUUACAAAAGGAGGAUUAGCUGAAAGAACUGGGGCAAUCCACAUAGGAGAUAGAAUCCUAGCAAUAAAUAGUAGCAGCCUGAAAGGAAAGCCUUUGAGUGAAGCCAUUCAUUUAUUACAGAUGGCAGGAGAAACUGUCACCUUGAAAAUCAAGAAGCAGACAGAUGCUACCAGUCCCAAGAAAUUUUCUGUCCCUGUGGGUCACAUAACUGAACUGAGUGAUGCUGAAGAUGAAACCUCUGCUGCACAGAAAUCUGGCAAACUCUCAGACAUCUAUUCUGCUACAGUCCCAAGUGUUGACAGCGCAGUAGAGUCGUGGGAUGGCUCUGGUAUUGAUACCAGCUUUGGAAAUCAAGGACCCAGCUAUCAGGCUUCAGGAUACAACUUCAAUGCCUAUGAAUGGAGGAGUCCUAAACAGAGAGGCAGUUUGUCUCCUCCAAGCAGACCACGAAACCACCCAUUUCAUGACACAGUACUGAGUGAUGACGAAUGGGACCGACCUAUGGCAAGCAGCACAGCUUCCAAGAACAUGUGGCAACAGAAAGAGACUGAGACGCUGGGAGAGAAUCAAGAAAAUCACUUAAAGCAAACUUCUGUAGAAAGGUCAGGAGGAGAGAACAUCAGGAGCAUGAAGAAAGAGAGCAAGCUGUGGAAAGGUGCCUCUGGUGGGCAGAGGAAAGUUGGGGGACAGCUGGAAGAGUGGAAUACUUCCAGCUUCGCAGGUACCCAUGAUAACACCGAGGCCGACCAGGAGGAAAACUUCUGGUCUCAGGCUCUGGAGGAUUUAGAGACCUGUGGCCAGUCAGGAAUUCUGAGGGAACUAGAGGCCACAAUUAUGUCAGGAAGUACACUGAGUUUGAAUCAUGAAAACCCACAGCCUCGUAGCCAGCUGGGAAGACAAGCCAGCUUCCAGGAAAGAAGCACUGUAAGGCCACAUUACAGUCAAGCUUCUCGUAGCAACACAUUGCCAUCAGAUGUGGGGAGAAAGUCCAUGGUUAUGAGAAAAAUUAAGCAAGAAAUGAAAGAAAUCAUGUCACCAACUCCUGUGGAGUUACACAAGGUAACUUUGUACAAGGACUCUGAUGGAGAAGACUUUGGGUUCAGUGUCUCAGAUGGUUUACUGGAAAAAGGAGUGUACGUUAAAAACAUUCGGCCAGCUGGCCCUGGUGAUCUGGGUGGUUUAAAACCAUAUGACAGACUUCUACAGGUAAACCACGUUCGUACCAGGGACUUUGACUGCUGUCUGGUUGUGCCCCUCAUCGCAGAAUCUGGCAAUAAGCUGGAACUGGUUAUCAGCAGAAACCCCCUGGCAUCUCAGAAAGGAAGCUCAGACCAACAGCCUUCAGCAAGCGGGGAGUGGAGUGAUCAGAAUAAUGCCUUUCUUCAACAGACCGAGCAUGCUAGCGUGAAUACAGACACACGGGAUCCCACAAAUACAUUAUAGCAGAAAAUCAUUCUAGUGGGACAUUUGGUAAUGAAAGACAAUUAUGGUGCUAAAUCCCUUUAGGAUUUCUCUGAGGAUAAGCUCAGACACAAUAUAGCACUAAAAAGCACAGGAGGUCAGUCUGUCCGUCUCAAGGCUUAUAUUAAUUCAUGAUCGCUUUUUUAAAAGUUUAAUUCUUUGUUAAGUCAUUCCAUUCUAAACAAUCUACCAUUAGCAACGGUAUGUAAGGGCCUUUUUUUUUUUCCCAAAACAGGAAACUGGGGAGGUGUUUACACGUGGUAUAAACUAAACAGUCCUUUCCCUUCAGCAGCAGCAGCUGUUUGAGGGGAAAAGCAUGGAGUUAACUUCUAACAGCGGUGUCCAGGUUACAGGAUCUUUAAAAGCAUUUUAUCAGGAAGCCACCAUCUGCUGGCUGAGGAAGGAUGGUGUGCUGCACCCUGUGCUCUUGUUCACUGCCUGGAGCUGUCAUUCUGGGGACCUGCGUUCUGCUGGCAAGCAGGGCACACUCUGCAGACAAAGCACGGGUUAGAUUUUUAACAAAAUGUUUGUAGGAAGCUGCAGCAUGCGGUGAACAUUGCUCCCCAACAACUGUGAUCAAUUUUAUUAGGUCAUAUGUUAUUACUCCCUAUGCAAUGAAAUUUUUAAUGAUAGGUCUUGCAACCUGCAAGGCUUUUUCAGUAGAGACUUUUUUUAGUGGGAUUAAAAACCUCUGAAGGAGGAUUACUGAUGAGAGUAAAACUGAAAUGAGUUCAGACAAAUCAGAAAGGUUUUAAAAGAAAAUUGAUUUUUUAAAACAAUAGCAGCGGAAGAUUGAUACAAAAGGUCUUUAAUGAUCCAUAAACCUGUCGACUUCUUCUGUUCUAUGUGAGCUUUUUAAGCCAAACAAUUUCUUGAGGGGACCAGCGUCCCAUUUAAAAUGCUUUGUUUUCAGCCUUCUUUAUGAUAAACACCCCCCCUACGACAUGUUUUUAGAAUUUAAAAAACUGUAAAUAUAUUUUACAAACAUCACAGAUUCUCUCCUCUCCCCUCAAGCAAUAAAAUACUGCCAGUUGCUUUAUAUGCUCACCAGCAGCUGCUUUGGUUUAUUCCAGUAUUCAAGUCGUUAUUGGUAAUUAUUGUUCUUGGUGAAUAUAAAGAUACUGGGUUUGUACAUUUGUAGAGUCACCACAUCCAAGCAAUCACCCUACAGAGCUGUUUCUGGUCAUUUUAAACUGUUAUCUGUAUCCCUAUUGCUGUUUCCAAUACAUGAACGAGCUCACCUGCCCCACGCACACAGCCGUGUCUCAUUUAUAUUUCAGCACUGCCACAAAAGGUCAGAGUAACAUUCAAUGCUGAAUCAUGUAAAAAAAAAAAAAAAAAGCC